AUGGCAGCCGACAUUGCGGGCUGGUCGUCGAGCGGAGGCAGUCUCGAAUCCCGCUUCUUCGUCGACACGGGCAUCUGGCGCGACGCCCCGCUCCUCAAAGGCCAAACCUCCUUCUCGCCCCUCCCAGACGUGCGAAACAUCCUCGUAACAGGCGGCGAAGGGUUCAUCGCCUCCUGGCUCGUCCGCCACCUCGUCCUCACCUACCCAUCCACCUACAACAUCAUCUCCUUCGACAAGCUCGACUACUGCAGUUCGCUCAACAACGCGCGCAUGCUCGAAGGGCGGCCGAAUUUCAAGUUCUUCCAUGGGGAUUUGCUGAAGUCCGGCGAUGUGUUGAGGUGUUUGAGGACGUAUGAGAUUGAUACGGUUUUCCAUUUGGCGGCGCAGAGUCAUGUGGAUUUGUCGUUUGGGAAUAGUUAUUCGUUUACGAGUAAUAAUGUCGUCGGCACGCAUGUCUUGCUCGAGAGUGUCAUUGCCGUCAAGACGAUUAAGCGGUUCUAUCACAUCUCGACAGAUGAGGUCUACGGCGAAGUCGAAACCGACGCAGCAGACUUGACCGAACACAGCGUCCUGAGCCCAACGAACCCCUACGCCGCCAGCAAAGCAGCCGCCGAGAUGUUCGUCACGGCUUAUGUGAACAGUUUCCGCCUGCCGGCCGUCAUCAUUCGGCUGAACAACGUGUAUGGUCCACACCAAUUUCCUGAGAAAAUCAUCCCCAAAUUCAUCAAUCUCCUCCAACGUAAGAAGCCACUCUACAUCCACGGCUCCGGGCACAAUACGAGACGAUUCCUCUACGCGGGCGACGCCGCAGAUGCCUUUGACACCAUCCUGCACCGUGGGGAGAUAGGCCGGACGUACAACGUCGACUCCCGCGACGAAAUCUCCAACCUCGACCUCGCCGCCAAACUCCUCUCCACCUUCGGCGUGUCAGACACGACAUCCUCGAUCCAGCACACCAAAGAUCGGCCCUUCAACGACAAGCGGUACGCCGUGGACGGUUCCAAACUGAGACAGUUGGGCUGGCAGCCGCACGUGUCAUUCGAAGAGGGCCUGGCCAGCACGGUGGAAUGGUAUGGCAAGUUCUCCGGGUGGUGGGGCGAGAUUGACAGUAUCCUGAGUCCGUUCCCGGAAGUGGUGAAGAAGGAAGGAGCUGGUGGUGGUGUCGAUGGGGAGGAAGGGGAGGGGAGGGCUUCUGGAUCGGGGCGAGAAGGUACAGGGACGAUCAUGCAGGCUGGUGUUGGUGCGGAGGCGAAUAAUGGCACCAAGAAGGCGAAUGGUGUCAAUGGGGCGAGUAAGAAGAGGAAGGCGGACGCUAUGGAGGAUGAUGGGUAG